GUUGAAAAAUUGGAUAAUGGUACGUAUGUAACCAGCGAGGAAGAUCCAACUAAUGGUCAAUUAGCCCUACAUAGCAAUAAUAUUGAGUGCUUUGUCGAUAUGGAUAAUCCUGUCACUCAGCCUAAAUGGACACGAGCAAAUAUCAAUGAGUGGACUAAUGAAGGAUCAAGUUUUAGGAAAAUACUUGAAGUCACAGAUGUGGAAGUGGUUAAGACAUUAGAGGAUGUAGUAAAUUCGUGGGCACGCACUUCUAAUAUCG